AUGAUCUACGUACCUGGUUUUUCUGACACUGUGAGUGUCGUGGAGGUUGAUAAGUCGCAUUUGAUCUAUAAGCGAUCAGUUCUUGAAUUGCACUUCGGGAAAGACGUCGAACUCGAACGUCGCCGACGCGACAUCCUCCAGUGUGAGCUGGACAUGUACAGCCACCUCCAUGGAUCACCUUAUGUUCUCCCUAUCAUUGGCCUUGUCGAAAGAGUUCGACACUUCGUUGUUUACGACGAUCCAUAUGACAAAGAUGCUUCCGUAACUGACGAAUUUCUCAUUCCCUUCGCCGGGAUGUUCUGCCAAUGGUGUCCUGGAUUUCGUACCGAAUGGACCAUGGAGGAGAAGGAAUGGGGCGUCGAGAGCGGCAAUGCGGUUUAUACAUUGUAUAACAUGGCUAUGGCAAUGCAGGAGCUCUUCUUGUCUGGUAUCACGUACGCCAUCCAUUGUGAAGAGGCCGUUCCCAAACCUUUCAUUCAGCUCAUUGAUUGGUGCCUGGAGGAUGCCUUUGGUUCUGUCGCAGAGAUGAUGGCAAAGACGGCAUCGAUGCUAAAGCCCACCCGCGGCAGAGCUAAGAAUAUGUCGGUUUUUACCUUGGCUGAAGCACGGUUGCUGCGAUUCAAAUCGCUUGCGAAGUCGGAGGAUGAAUGGCGGUUUGGACGAACAUAUAAUUCCAACCUGGAAAGAUAUUGGCCUAUGUUGCCUAGGUAUUUUGAAGUCCUUCAUCUCCAAUUUGUGUCUCAUUUUUCACCUCGUUUGCAUCUAGGGACUUUCGUCGCAAAUGCGCCUUGUGGGAGUAAAGUCUGUCUCUUUCGCUAUGCAGAGAAGCCUCAACCAUGCGGGGUCAUGGUGGUUAAUGAUUCUAUCAUUAACGGGUAUACUCGCUGCGAAGCUCAGAUCCAGCCUAACCAGGUCAUCGAAGUGACACCGGGCAUCCUUUACCCAGGGCACUGCCACAUACGUUCCGACGAAUACGAGAGACAUACUGUCUUUCUUCAUUACCUCGGUGUGGGGGGGAAGUGGAAGGAAGUAUUUCUCUUCCCACCAGCGGACGGUAUCGAUAAGAAAACCUACUCUGAUAACAGCAUUGUUCCCCAACCUCCAUUCAUCCUUCGUGAAUCUUUCGAGAACAUGUCAUCGACUGUCCAACCUCUUCCUCCCAAAAUCCAAUGGCAACGCAAGGAUCCUGACUCACCACCCUCCCGAAGGGGCCCGAGGUCUAUUUUAAUCAGUGACAGAAUACGGUUUCACUCGAAGGACACCAUUCAGAACCGUUUGAAAAAUCCUUUCUACUGCCAGCGACAUGCUGCAGAAGUGGCUUAUUCCUCUCCGGAACACCCAUUCUGGGUUCAGAACGAGAAUCGUUUUCGGUAAGCCGUCGACUAUUCAUGUAUCAUACAACAUGCCAGACCACACACGAUAACUAUUCGAGCCUAACCCUCCUCGCCCUCUGCCACCUCCUCCC